UGAGGUCCUCUGUACUUUCUGCUCUAACUUCCGAGCACUCAGUUGUCCUCCAGGGUCCGAGCUUCCAGACUUCCAGGCCGUCGCCAUGACUUCCUACAGCUACCGCCAGUCAUCCUCCACCUCCACCAUGGGGCUGGGGAGCAACAACUCUGUGCGCUUUGGAAGCGGGACCACGUUCCGGGCACCCAGCAUCCACGGAGGCUCCGGGGGCCUGGGCGUGUCCGUGUCCCGCUUUGUCUCCUCGGGCGUGAGUGGGAGCUAUGGGGGCAGUGGCAGCAGCUUCAGCGUGGGCUAUGGGGGAACCGACGGACUCCUGGCUGGCAACGAGAAGAUCACCAUGCAGAACCUCAACGACCGCCUGGCCUCCUACUUGGACAAGGUGCGUGCCUUGGAGGAAGCCAACUGCGACUUGGAGGUGAAGAUCCGGGACUGGUACCAGAAGCAGGGCCCCGGACCCGCCCGGGACUACAGCGCCUACAUGAAGACUAUCGAGGACCUCCGCGAUAAGAUUCUUGGCGCCACUAUUGACAACUCCAAGAUUGUUCUGCAAAUUGACAAUGCCCGUCUGGCUGCGGAUGACUUCCGAACCAAGUUUGAGACAGAGCAGGCCCUGCGUCUCAGUGUGGAGGCUGACAUCAAUGGCCUGCGCAAGGUGCUUGAUGAGCUGACCCUGGCUAGAACUGACCUAGAGAUGCAGAUUGAAGGACUGAAGGAGGAACUGGCCUAUCUCAAGAAGAACCAUGAAGAGGAAAUGAGUGCUCUGAGUGGCCAGAUAGGUGGCCAGGUGAGCGUGGAGGUGGACUCGGCUCCAGGCAUUGACUUGGCCAAGAUCCUGAAUGACAUGAGAAGCCAGUAUGAAGCCAUGGUUGAGAAGAACAGGAAUGAUGCAGAGGCUUGGUUCACCACGAAGACAGAAGAGCUGAAUAGAGAAGUAGCGGUCCAUUCAGAACAGCUCCAGACCAGCAAGACUGAAAUCACUGACCUCCGGCGGACCCUUCAAGGGCUAGAAAUUGAGCUGCAGUCUCAGCUCAGCAUGAAAGCGGCCCUUGAAGGCACACUGGCGGAAACAGAAGCCCGUUAUGGCGCCCAGCUGUCACAGAUACAGGUCUACAUCAGCAACAUUGAGGCUCAGCUGAGUGACAUCCGAGCAGACACAGAGCGCCAGAACCAGGAAUACCUGCUCCUUAUGGAUAUCAAGAGUCGUCUGGAGCGGGAGAUUGCUACCUACCGUAGCCUGCUUGAAGGCCACGAUGGCCAAGACACCAAUGUAUGCAUAUCCCAAAAAUCUGUCUGAAUCAGAGGAGGGUCCUGCAUGGAGAGUCCUGGGUACAGGGCCCUCCUGAGGAAGCAGCCAAGUGAGGAUGUCUGAGUGAAAGAGGGUAGCGCUCUGGCUGUAUUCCCAUCUACCCCCUAAUAAAACUUCUGAUUUCAAGGAAAUAA